ACCUUCGUCAUUGGACUUGGAAACCUGACUCUGAUCAACAUUUUUGGGGAGAAUCCCUCUGAGAUGCAAGACAUCCUACAGAUAGCUGUCCAAGCCUUUCUAAGGAUGAAACAAGUGAAAAUCUCCCCCAGUUGCCUCUUUGUCCAUCAAAAUGUGGGAGAAGUUACAGCUAAAGACCAAAAUGUGGAAGGGCGAAGGUGCUUAGAGCAGAGACUGGAUGAAAUGGCAGUAACAGCAGCAGAACAAGAAGAGUGCUCAAAUGUAUCCCACUUCAGUGAUGUCAUUAAGUUCGAUGUCAAUAAUCAUGUCUACUACUUUGCCCACCUCUGGGACGGUAAUCCCCCAAUGGCCCCUCCCAAUCCUCGUUAUAGUCACAAUGUCCAGGAACUAAAGAGUAUAAUUAUUUUGACUGCCAAACAGGAAUCCAGAGGUAGCAUCAUGAAGAUUUCAGAUGUCAAAUUUAGAGUUCAAGAUCUGUGGAAAGCCCUAGUAAAUGAGAACUUUAUUUUCAGCUUCAGGAACACCAGAGAGGUCAUGGCCAUGAGCAAGCUGGAAACUAUGUAUAACCAUUGGACCUGGGAGCUGAGGAGUCACAUGCUGGACUUUCAGAACCAGCUGAUCAAUCAGAUUCAGAAUGGGAAAGUUGAGGCACUCAAAACAAGCAUAUUUGAGGCUCCAGUCACAGAAAAGUAUACAGCAAUUAAACAAGAACUUGAAAAAUAUUUUAAUGAAGAUCCAGACAAUGAAAUACUGGUUCAAUGGAAAUCAAAUUUUGAAAAUAAGCUCAUAAUCUUAAAAGAGACACUUAUUUCAGACACCAGAAGGAAAGCCAAUGAACUUAUUCAUUUA